UAUUUCCGGUUCAACUAUUAAUCAAAGAUUUCUUAAGUUUGAAAAAAAAGGUGCGAACUUGGAGUUUCUUUUGGGAUUGGUGCGACUCUGAGUCGAGUCGGACUCUGCUUGAUCGAAAAGGUUUCUGGGUUUUGAUUAGAUUCGCCGAUUCAAUCCGAAAGUUUGUUCCUUUUCGCUGUUCCGAUGGGGGAAAACAAUUAUCACCAUGUGGAUAAGAAAACCAGGUUAGAAGAAGUUGAGCAAGACUACAUGCUGCAGCAGCAGCAAGAUCUGCAGUUGCAAGCUUGGACGAGGCAACAGAACCAGUUUCUUCAAUCUAUCUCACCGUCCCAGAGACCACCCUAUCUUCCACAACAGCAGUACAUCCAGCACCACGAGGACCCCACGGGACAAGAUUCUCAGUUGCAAGCUUUGUUUCACCGGCAGAUGCUGAUAAGGCAACAGCAUCAGCAGACUCUUCAAUCCUUGUCACCGUCCCAGAGACCCUAUCUUCCACAACAGCAGUAUCAGGACCUCAGGGGACAAGAUCCACAGUUGUUGCUGCCUCACCAGCAGAGGCUGAUCAGGCAACGCUAUCAGCAGGCUCUUCAAUCCCUCUCACCGUAUCAGAGACUCCAACUUCAGCAGCUGAGACGGCAACUACAGCAGCAACGAGUCGCUCAACAGAUCCCUCCUAAUGUAUCUCCUUUUGGAGGUGGUGUGUUCGUUCAACAGAAGUUUAUGAUGUUCUUGCAUCACAUAAAGCAACGACCAGCUGACAAUUCUAUUACCUUUUGGAGGGGAUUCGUGGCUGAACACUACUCACCUCGUGUAAAGCAAAGGUUGUGCUUUUCACAGUACAAAAGUGCUGGCCACAUGCUUGGCAUGUUACAACGGGAUAUGUGGCAGUGUAAUCUCUGCGGCACCAAGUCUGGAAAAGGAUUUGGUAAGAGAGUUAGUCACUAG